AUGACCGACGAAACAUCACCGGCUGAAUAUGCCUUGACAGAUGAGCAAAAAGCCCAUUUCCUCCAACACGGCUACGUUCGUAUUCCCGGCUGCUUCACGCGCGAAAAGGCCGCAGAAUGGACGCGCGAUGUCUGGGUUCGCCUUGGCUACUCGCCCACCGACAAGUCAACCUGGACGAAAGAACGUAUUAAUAUGCCCCGCCACCGCGAAGAAUCAGUCCGCACUUUCGCUCCGAAAGCAUGGGCGGCCAUCUGUGAGUUGUGUGGCGGCGAGGACCGUGUCUCUGAGCAGUCGUCUACCUGGGGCGACGGGUUGAUUGUGAAUCUGGGUUCAUCCGAGUGGGAGAAUCAAUGGCCGGAUCCGAGGGAACUGGACAAUUGGCACGCUGACGGGGACUUUUUCGUCCAUUUUCUGGAUUCCCCGGAGCAGGCGCUGCUGGUUAUUCCGCUGUUUUCGGACAUCAAGCCACGGGGUGGUGGGACGAUGAUUUGCCCCGAGGCUAUACCAUUGAUUGCGAAACAUCUGUACGCACACCCGGAAGGAGUUUCUCCUUUGAUGGGCCCGCGAUCCGAAGGACCCCAGCCACCCGACACCGCUCUACGCUUCUAUAUCUCGCUCAUCCAGCAGUGUACCGACUUUCGCGAAAUGACCGGCGACAUCGGCGACGUUGUCCUCAUGCACCCUUUGAUGUGCCACUCGGCUUCACGGAACAGUCUGCGCAUACCGCGAAUCAUCACGAACCCGCCCGUGGGUCUAAAGGAACCCUUCAACUUUGAUCGAGAAGACCCAACCCAGUAUAGCUUGGUCGAGCGAAAGACACUCCUGGCGCUGGGGAAGAAUCGGCUUCAAGGGUGGAAAAUCACUGGGGAGCGCGAGAGGAUUGUCCCGGCGCGAAUGAAAGGGGCACUGGAGAUGAAAAGGCAGGAAGAGGAGCGGCUGCGGCAAGCUCAGGCUCAAGCUCAAGCUGCGCGUGCACCUAAUUGA